AAGAAGAUGGCAGCCGUGGCGUGAAAUAGUUUUUCCAAUUUUCAUUUUCCAUUUCCGAGGCUUCAAUCCCUACCAGCCCCCUCCACCACCCCCCUCCCCAACGAGUAUAUCAACGCCGGGAAUUAGCGACGCGUUCGCAAUCCGUUUACAGCUGCUACUUCUUCUUCGUUAGACAAUUGUUUGUUUAAAUUAUUAUUGUUAUUAUUAUUUGAGUAAAUAUCCGGAUAGAAUGGGGGGAAUGGGUGGUGUGCCGGGUGGCGGUAGCGGUUUAAAUGUCAGUAUAAAUUUGGCGAUUGAUCGGUUGUCGUUUUGAAAUAAAAUUCAAUACCGUGAAUAUGGAAUAAUUAGCAAGGACCAAAAGUUUUUUAUUAUGCGGUUAACGGUAUUUGUUGAACAUCAUCGUCAUCGUACAUGGCAUCGGGAUAUUCCACUGUUGACGGAUUUAUAUUGCACACCCGGUUCUGUCCAGCUGGACAAUAAAGUUGUAACGUCAGUGAUUAACGCUCGUUAUGUAAUAUGGAAUUGAACAAUGUUGUUAAGACAUAAACAUGUUUUGGGUACAUUGUGGACUUUUUGUUCUCGUGAUUGCCGUACCUGGAUUUAUUAGCACCACUGACAGCACGUCCAAGAGAGAGGCCGACUAUACCUUGGACGAUUCCUUUUGGAAUGAAGAGACUCCCGCCGGCGAGGUUGAACGACUGUUGCGAGAGUAUCGUCAGAACCAAGAGUUAGUACGUGAUAUUGGUGCUCACAAUUACCAGAUUAUUUAUCCGGUACAGUUGCGGCACCACGAGAAAAUGGGGAUAUCCACGAGAGAGGCAGGUUUUCCAAAGUAUCCACAGAGGAGUGGCUACUCGGAUGGAUAUCAAAAUGCCAGAGGAAGAUCAAGAGCGGGGAAGCACUUUCACCGCACAUCCCUCUUGAUCAAAGCCUUCAACCACAAAUUCCGCCUAGAUUUAGAAUUAAAUACGCAACUUUUAGCACCUAAUCUCAUACAAAAAGACUUUUUAAGUCGUGAUGUUGAGCAGAUGUCCAAGCAGGAAAUUGAGCACUGCUAUUAUCACGGCACAGUGAGGGAUUAUCCAGGUGCAAGUGCAGCAUUUCACACGUGCAAUGGUGUAAGCGGUGUAAUACACCUGGGUAACGAGACCUUCGUUAUCCAGCCAUUCUACGGUGGUGACUUGUCGCAGAGACAUCCUCACGUUAUAUUUGAGGCUCGAACAAAAGCGAACAAAGGCUGUGGCAUCGCUGGUAAUCUUGAACGUCGGCUUGCCAAGAAUCGACGACAGAAGCAUGUACUCGGCCUUUCUGAGAGUAUUGGUGAUCGAUACAAGCGAGACGUACGUGAGGCAACUAAAUACAUCGAAACUGCCAUGGUCAUCGAUAAAGCUAUGUUUGAUAAGAGAAAUGGUAGUAGCAGAGCUGAAGUAGUCCACGAUGCCAUCCAAGUUGCGAAUAUUGCAGAUUUGUAUUUCCGUACGUUAAACACGAGAGUAUCAGUAGUAUACAUCGAGACCUGGUCAGGCGGUAAUCAGGCAUCAAUAGAAACUGGAAUGGAGAUAAAUCGUGCCAUUCACAAUUUCAACGAUUACACAAUUCGGAAAUUGUAUCAGAUUACCGAGGACACGAUUCAGAUGCUGACGGGCGAGACUUUUCAGGGUGGAGAGUCUGGUGUUGCUGCUCACGAGACUGUUUGCAGUCCAAAAUCAGUCGGAAUUAGUGUAGAUUUGAAUACUUAUGAGCCACAUUUACUCGCUGGCACGAUGGCUCAUAUGAUUGGUCAUAAUAUAGGAAUGAAGCACGACGAUGGCAGGGAAAACUGCUUCUGUCGCGAUUGGCACGGAUGCAUUAUGGCCCAGUCGAUAGUAGGGGCUGACAAUGUUCAGCCAUACAAAUUCUCAGAGUGCAGUAAAGCCGAUUACGAGGAGGCUCUCAGAAGUGGACAUGGUAUUUGUCUGUUUAACAAGCCAAACGAGUUGGAGACUAGAUUAUGCGGUAACAGGGUUAUUGAUGAUGGAGAAGAAUGUGAUUGUGGGACACUCGAUGAUUGUCCUGAUAUCGAUCCUUGCUGUGAUCCAAUCACCUGUAAACUCAAGGCCGAGGCGGAAUGCGCCUCGGGUCCUUGCUGCAAUGAGUGCAAAUUACUCCCGAGGGGCUCGAUUUGUCGCGAAUCUUCAAACGAGUGCGAUUUACCAGAAGUUUGCUCUGGUGAAACUGGCCAGUGUCCGGUUGACCUUUACAAGAAGAACGGAAAACCGUGUGCCAACAAUCAGAGUUUCUGCUUCGGCGGUUUGUGUCCUGAUUUGAAUGUCCAAUGUACACAAGUCUGGGGUGAAAAUGGAAAAGCAGCGGAUAUGCAGUGCUUCGAGGAAUUUAACUCAAAAGGCUCGAUAAAUGGCCACUGCGGCACCGAUCCAGCUGGCCACUUUGUCAAAUGCGAGUCUAGAAACGUACGCUGUGGCUCUCUCCAGUGUCAGGACGGCAGUACACAACCGGUGAUCGAUGGUAUGGACCAAUCCUGGUCCAGAACCAUCAUAUUCAUCAAGGGAAAAGAAUACGAGUGCAAAGCCACUAGUGGAAAGGUCGAGGGUAAAGACGUCCCUGGAAUGGGUUUAGUCCACGAUGGAACGUCCUGCGGUGAGAAUUUGGUUUGUGUCAAUCAAACGUGCACCAACGUAUUUCCACACGUGGACCAGGGGAAGUGUCCAAGUAAUCAACACAAUUUGGAAUGCUCAGGGAAUGGGGUGUGCACUAAUAUUAACAAAUGUCACUGCGAGAUUGGGUGGAGUGGUCCUGACUGCUCAAUACAGAGCUACAUACCAACACCAAAACCAACAACAACCAGCACUGAAACACCUGGUAGUAAACCAACAGAAUCGGCAAAUAAACACCAGAAGAAAGAGACCCCCUACGAGAACUACCACGGCUCUAACACAGUAUUUUUAGUUGUUAUGCUCAUGUCGGUGGUAGGGGGUGUUUUCGUAGUAUUUGCUCUGAUGGCUCUCUGCUACAGGUCAGUCGUAGUACAUAAAAACUUCUCCCUCUGUCUCAGACGAAAGAGCACAAUCCAGAAGUGCGAUCCUCCGUACCAGAGAAAUCCAAAACCAAAAACUUAUACAUCUAUUCCGGGAACUCUACCACCGGAAAGUGCACCACUAGAUGCCAACAAGAUUUUGGCAUUUGAUUGCAUGCCGCCAUACAGUUCUGAUGCCCAACGCGUGCUGUUUCAAUCCCAGAAUAACGUCGGAACAACGGAUGGGCCACGUCUGAAGGAUCACAAAUUACCACUGAAGAGGCUGGGUAUGGAGGACGAGGAUGGAGGUACGGGAGCCGAGGAUGUUGUCUCUUUCAUUGAUCUCCCACCGAACAAUCUGACAAAGUUGCCUGAGAAGGGAAUUUUAAAGAAACAUGGUGGUUACGGAGGUUUGGACGACGGUCGAAUGGUGGAGAUGCAGAGGACACUGAACAGUUUGAACGGCUACCACGGGGCACUGGUGCAAACCCUGAGGACAGCAGCGAUGCAUCACAGCAUGUCACGAGUUGCAUCGGGCUCUGGUAAUCUAAUGAACGACGAGUCGAGAAAAUCACUGGCUGAUUGUGAAUAUCCGGAUGCAUACCGCAAAGUAUCGAUUGACAAUGGACAAGACAAUAUCGAUAACCAGGAGGACGAUCCCGAAGAGGACGAGCCAACAACUUGCGGUCCAAUACGCAUACGAUCACUUCACGAUAUUCUACGUCAGCUUGAGGUACAUGCGCGUCACAAUAGUCCCAGUGGAUCUGAGGACAUGAGGAUAUCCGAGGGCGAGGGUGAUCGCCACUACAAAAUGGACUCAUCUGUCUGCAGUGAAUCCUCACAGGGAAGCAGAAGGUGCAGCCGCGUUCGCGACGAAGAUCCUAGACUUGUCUAUGGCCGAUAUCGUCAACCUGCAUCGCGAAGUCCGUACGGCACACAUCAGCAUAUGCAUCAGCAUUCACAUCAAAUGCACGAGGAGGAGGGAAUCUAUGAAACUGCCGAUCCUGACAGAGGCUCAAACACUAGGGGCGAAACGCCCGAUAGCGAAAGUGAUGCAUUUAUUCAAGCUCAACAACAAUUAGCCCGGUGGACGAGUGAGGAUGGAGUAGAGCGUCGACCACCCCAGCAGCCGCCACCAUCAUCCAGCACAGCAUACCCGGCAUCGACAUCACCAGUUAAAACAACAAACAAUGAAUUAAAUAUCCAGCAACGAUUGCCGGAGGAACAACUGCCAAUAAAACAACGCGGCUACUAUCCAUCACCACCCCACAAUGACAACUGUCACGAUAAUGAUACAAAGAUCAUAAAAAAUGCUCAAUCCCAACAACAAUUAAAAUUAAUAUGCCCCGAAUUACGUGGUAUCGAUGUGAAUCACACGCCUAAUAAUAAAAAAUGCCCACUAGACGAUAAUACUAGUCGAGAUUGUAACAUAAAUAAUGGUAAUUCAAAUGAAUUAAAUACCAACAACACUAGUGAUAAUGAAAAUACUGCCCUACUUACCCCUACGCAUUUUCCUGAGUACAAGCAUUGAUAAUUAUUAAAUCGAUGACAGAUAGUGUCCACACGACGAAUGAAUUUUAAAAUUAUUAUUCAUCCCAUCGAUGCAGCAUGAUUAAUCAGGAGUAUAUAUAUGUAUACAUAUAUAUAUGAACAAUAUUGACAUAGUGGUGUGAUUUAAUCUCGAACUCGCAUUUUAUACUGAAUAGUGUAAAUAACGAUUUGAAAGAAAAUAAGGAAAAAGACCUACAAUUGCGACAGCAGGUAUUUCAAAUUAUAAUGAACUAAAAUAAUCU